AUGUUUGCGAGCAGCAAUAGUCAUCCGAAAGCUGGGAAAUUGGGUACCAUACAAACUGAAGCCGAUAGAUGCUUGAGCGCCAUAAAAGAAAAUCAUUUUAGCACCAUUACUUGCGAUGAAAAAUUAAUCCAUCGCGAUAAAUCGAAGUUACCAUUUGCAAUUUCCCCGACACAGGAUAAAGUUAUGGCUAAAAAUUGUUAUGACCGUUUUAAGAAAAUUACAAAAAUGGCAAGAUUAAUGGGAGCUUUCUGUGGUGCGGAUGUAAUAAAACCAAACUACAAAAUGAACCCGUUAACAUGGCUAGUCAUUUUUGCCAUUAAUGCCUUUUUUGGCUGUACAAUUUAUACCAUUUACAUGGGAAUGGUAGUUGAUGGAGAUUGGAAGGUUCUUUUACAGGCCCUCAGUUUAGCUGGAAGUGCAGUGCAAGGUUACAGCAAAUUAAUAUUGUGUAUUUAUCGUCGUUUGGUUAUGAUUUCUAUGGAUCAACAACUGAACAAUAUAUACAAGGAGUAUCAAAAUGAUAAGGACUACAUAACAAUUCUGCGUUAUCGCACUGACUUGGCCACCAAAAUGUUGAAAACUGUGAUGGGGGUCUAUAUAGUUCUUGUGUCCACAAUAAUUAUGUAUCCUCUGAUUUAUGGCUUGCUGUAUAAUCAGAAAAUGUUUGUAAUGCAAUUUUUAUUGCCCGGCAUAGACCCAUCUACUCAAUUUGGUUAUAUUCUUCAUAAUGUUGUUCAUGUUUGCCUUAUGAUUUUGGGAGGUUUUGGAAAUUUUGCGAGUGACUUGUAUACUUGUAUAUUCAUUAUAAAUAUACCCUUGUUGAAGGAUAUAUUGAAGAUUAAAUUUGAGAAAUUGAAUCAGGUGGCACUCAAUUGUAGGGAUACGAAGAAGACGUUGCCACUGUUAAUGGAAAUUGUUGAAUGGCAUCAGAAUUAUAAUACAUUUGUUCAACAAGUUGAAGAAGUCUACUACGGAAUCAUAUUUAUUCAAGUUGUUUCUUCGGUGGUGAGCAUUUGCGGCACCCUUUUUUCCAUUGUCAUUCGCAGUUGGCCAGCCGCCUUUGCUUAUUUGCUGUUAAGCACAAUAACGUUGUAUGCGUAUUGUGGACUUGGUAAUUUGGUGGAAAUAUCCAAUGAUGAAGUAAUCAAUAUCAUUUAUUGCGAUUGUUUGUGGUAUGAAUUGUCUGUGCCAGAACAAAAAAUAAUUAUCUUGAUGAUACGAAAGGCCCAAAAACCACUAACAUUGACUAUAGGGCACGUCAUGCCCUUAUCUAUGAGUACGGCUCUACAGUUGACAAAAGCUAUUUAUAGUUAUAUGAUGAUGCUGGUGAAUUUCUUGAAAAUGGAUGAUAUCUAA